AUAUUUUAAAUUAAAAAAUUUUUAUCAUAUUUUUUUAGAAAUCCGUUAGCAGGAGGAGCACAGCAAGCAGAAGUAGCAACAGAAGAAGAUAUGCAAGCUGAAGCAGGACACAUACAAGUAGAAGUAGAAGCAGAAAUGGAACCACAAGCUGAAGCAGAUAAAUUCCAAGCAGUAGUUGAACAAAUACAUCAAAAUGUAUGUAUGGAAAUAGAGCCUAAACCAAUAAGAGAAGAGAACCAACAGGAAGAGAAUGGAAAUAGAGCACGUCCAGCAGUAAAGAAAUGGAAUCCACGAAAAGAGGAAUUACAUUCAAGUCCACGAAAGAAGAGACUACAAUCAAGAAUUUUAAAAUUAAAAAAAGAAAACAAGAAAUUACAACAAACCGUUCGACGCCUGAGAAAAAAAUUGAAGCAACAGAAGUUGGUUAUAUCGGCAGCGGCAGAAGAAAAUGAUAUUACAAACAUUCGACAAUUAGGCAGACUGAAUAUUCAAGCCAAGACAAGAACUGAGGAGAACAAUUAAAUUAAACUUGUGAGCGUAAAAAGGUUGAUAAAUUAACCUUUUUGUAAUUAAUAAUACAAAGUUUUUCUCUUUCUUUUUUUCUCUAACAUACUUCUCUGAUUCAUA